GUGGGUUUUGCCCAGAGAGGGAGGGAGAAAGAGCGCUACGUCAAACGUUAGCACCGUCAGUUUUUAAAAUAUAAAUCUUAAUUUAUUAAUUCCUGGUCUUGUCGAGGACUAUUUUGUCGGUUUAAGUCACUGGAGUUACUCGCGUGAUAAUAAGGUCAGUGAGGAUGCCUUUGGUAAAGUAUCAGAGAGGGGACAUGGUGAUGGGCCGCUGGCCCGGCAGCAACCUUUUUUAUGAGGUCAGGGUGUUGGGCUAUGAUACCAAAUAUCAGCUUUACACCGUAAUCUACAAGGAUGGCACAGAGCUGGAGCUCAAGGAGCAAGACAUCAAGAGUCCUGCUGUUUUCCAGAGCCUUUCUCGCUCCCGUUCUCGUUCUCGGUCACCAGGCCGUCGUCGCAGCCGGUCGCGCUCCCCAGCGAGGACCACGCGGCGCUCAUCUUCCCGCACGGCGGCGGCUGCUGCUACUGCAGCUAUAACAGAGAGCGCUCCGUCCUCCCGCAGGGAUACGAAGCUGAAGGAUUCACUAGAAGUCGAGCCCAGUCCCGUGCAACAGACAAAGACAGCAGAGAACAAUAGCAACAAUGAGCAUGAAAAGACAGAGGAGAAACAAAAAGAGGAGAAUAACACUGCUAACAAAGUAAAUGAGUCCAAAGCUGCGGUAGAGGCAGAGCCCGCGGCAAACCAAGGCCGAUACAAUCUGCGCCGCAGGAAGGACGAUGGAGAAGCCAAACAAGUCGAGGCCAAAGCACAGCAGCUGGAGGAGAAGGAUGCCAAGCUGGCCGCAGCUCCUGCUGCCUCCGUCUCCACCCCGCUCGAUUUUGGUGGUAAGAUAGGAGCAUACUUCUGGCUGCUCUUCCUGCCAGCCUGGGUCCUGUUCCUGGUACUCCAAGUGAAGCGGGCGGACCCCAGUCUGACCAACUUACCUCCUCCUCUGCCCCCCCUUGAAGACUUCUGGGACGCCCAGGCUCUCGGCUUUGUCGUGCUCUGGAUCUUAUUCCAAGCCCUGCUCUACAUCCUGCCUGUUGGAAAGCUGAGCGAGGGCAUGCCAUUGAGGUCUGGGGAGAAGCUGAAGUACAGAACCAAUGGUUUUUUUGCCAUCGUGGUGAGUGCUGUCGCGGUAGCAGUGGCGAUGCACCAGGGUGUCGAUUUCACCUACAUCCACAGCCACUUCCUGCAGCUGGCUGCGUCCACCUUCCUCAUCUCCGUCCUGCUCAGCGUCUACCUGUAUGUCCGCUCUCGAUACGCUGCCCCAGAGCAGCUGGCACUGGGAGGAAGCUCUGGCAAUGUGGUUUAUGACUUCUUCAAAGGACAUGAGCUCAACCCCCGCAUCAAAGAAUUUGAUCUGAAAUUCUUCUGUGAGAUGAGACCUGGUCUGAUUGGCUGGUGUUUGAUCAACUUUGCGAUGGCGCUGGCCGAGAUGAAGGUGCAGAAAUUGGAUGCUCCGUCUUACUCCAUGAUCCUAGUGAACCUCUUCCAGCUGCUCUACGUGGUGGACGGCCUCUGGAACGAGGAGGCCAUCCUGACCACCAUGGACUUGAUGCACGAUGGUUUUGGCUUCAUGUUGGCUUUUGGUGACCUGGUGUGGGUUCCCUUCACUUACACGCUGCAGGCGUAUUACCUGGUCAGCCACCCCAACCCCCUGAGCCUCCCCGCCCUCGCAUUCAUCGUCACACUCAAGCUCGUUGGCUUCUACAUCUUCAGGAAGUCCAACUCUGAGAAGAACAACUUCAGGCGAAACCCGUCAGACCCCAAACUGUCUCAUCUGAAGACUAUCCCCACAGCUACCGGGAAGAGUCUGAUCGUGUCUGGCUGGUGGGGUGUGGUCCGCCACCCGAACUACCUGGGAGACCUUCUGAUGGCUCUGGCCUGGUCCCUACCCUGUGGCUUCAGCCACCUGCUGCCAUGGUACUACAUGAUCUACUUCAUCAUCCUGCUCGUACACCGAGACUCUCGCGACAUGAGCGAGUGCAGGAGGAAGUACGGCUCAGCGUGGGAUGAGUACUGCCGAACUGUUCGCUACCGGAUCAUUCCGCAUGUCUACUGAGCAACCUGUAGCCGGACACUCCCCAGCUGAGGCCUUUUUAAACCCAAAAUUCUGACUCUGAAAGCUCAGCAAAAAAAAUGUCAAAUAUGAGUGGACUGAUUGGACUUCUUAAAAUCUUGAUUCUGGACUGAAGGAGCUACAGUUCUUUUAAAAAAAAUAUUUUUUGAUGUCAAAAAAAGAAUAAUUGUGAACUAUUUGAAGAAUUGCCUUUUUUAAUAGUAAAUAUUCAAAAAUACACAGUUUGAAACUCUGCAAAAUCUGGGGGAAAUUGAGAUGCCUCUGCUAGGAAUGUCUUUUUAGGAUGUAUAUUUUUGUAUAUACACAUUUGUUUUUAUACUUCAAGAAUAUCUCACCUUUUGCAUAAUUUUGGUAAGUUUUGCUCCUUGCUCCAAAAUUCACAAUGUUACAAUAUCAGCUUGGCUAUUAUGAAUAAUUUUGUAAGUAAGCCUUCCGACUAUGAUUAUACUGCUUGUGCAUAUUGUGAAGGAUGGGAUUAAAAAUGUGACUUAAAAAAAAUCUGCACAGUGUAACUAGGACUCUUUCUCAGGACCCAGAAAUUUGUCAGAAAUCAGAAGUUUUGUCUUAAUAAUUUUGUUGUGUAUAAUUUUAUAUAGAUUUGUAGUUUAGACUUGAGAGUGUAAAAUGAUUUUGGAGGUUUCAAGAAAAAUGCACUAAUGUGUUACAGCAUAUAUAUUUUUUCUUAUAUUAUCAAUCCCAAAGUGUAUUUGAUUUGGCUUUGCUACCUCAGGUUCACUCACUCUGCAGUUCUUCCUGUGUGUAAUUAUGAGUGUGAUGUCACUGCUUAAAGUAAAAAAAAAAAGUUAGACCGUUAUUCAUUUCAACAAUAACGUUACUAUUUUCUGUGAACAAGUGACACCCUCGAACUUGUUAUGCCUAAACCUAACUCUUGCAUUUAUAGGGUGCUGAUGAAAUAUCUGUAAUUUUUUUUUUGGCUAGAUUCUGGGGCAUUUUUUCUAUUAUGAUAUAUUAUAUAUAUAUAUGUAUAAUAUAUAUAUGAUAUAUUCCACCACUGCCACAUGAAUUUGGUUUAUUUAAGCUUUAAUUUGCCUGGUUGUAUGACAACGCCGAUUUUAAUGAAGUUAAUACUGUGACAACAUGAAGAGCUGUUGACUGUGUUAGCAUUUACAAACUGCAUUUGCGAACCCAAAAAAACGUAUUAUUGCGCCUGUGCAGCUGUAGAUGAAUACAUCAGUAGCAAUAAUUAACUAGACUAGGUAGCAUUUUUUAUGCUGUGCUGACUGAAUAACAUGUACAUAUUGUUUUGUUUUUUUUUGUUUUUGAAUCCUGUUAUUUUCAGUAAAGGAUGUGACAGUAGUGAUUAUAGUAAUAUUUCUCAUUAGAUAUUUAAUAUUACUUUUUAUUCGUUUGGAUUUUUUUUUUAAGUUAACUACAUAAUUUUGACCACUGUAGUUAUGUUUACACUUAGCUCUGCCAUGUUUCCGGAAAAUAUUGUUUGAUAUUAGUCAUGCCACUCUUGUAUGCCCCAGGAAAAAUUAUGGUGUUUUUUUAAAAAAUAUUAUGGUGGCAAAAAUGUCUUCUACCUUUUUUGGCAGUCUUAAUGGAAAGCUGUGCGUUGGAUGUACUUAGACAUAUGACAACAAUGAAUGAGAAGUAACCAGGUCCAGCAGGCUGUAAGUGAGGGGGACAGUGGCUUGAAAGAGCUUGUCUGUACAAAUGUUGCAGCAUAAAAUAAAGGU